CGGAACUUUAUUAUCUCUCUGAAGUUUAUGAUUUCAGAAAAAUAUGGAAAUAAAAUGCGUUGUGGUUGUUUUCGUUGCGUUGUUGGUUGUUAGUUUUUCUGAUGUUGGGCUAGGUUUUGAGGACCAAGCAGGUGAGGGCGGAAGUUCACAAGAGCACAAAGGCCAAGGUCGUUUCGACGAGCACGAAAGAAACAGGACGGCUGGAGACAAGUAUAGUUGGACGCGGGUGCUGGCAGACGGCAGCUCGUUCCGAGAGAGCGCCUUCGUUCCCGCCAACGACAACAUAGUUACCUUCAGGUCCAAGAAAAGGUCCAGUCAAGCAGCCAACGUCACAAAGUCCGACACCACCUACGAGUACAGACCAAACAGCACAAAUGUUGUAGCAAUAACAGUUUUUGAGAUCUGUUACAUCACCGACACCUUGAUGACGAAAGAUGAAACCGUAGCUUUACUGGAUGCCAGAAAUGGGACCAACGUGACUACUGCCGGGUCUAAGAGCCUGAAUGGCGUGGCCACUCCCAUAGGGGAUACCGAGAAAUCUGCGUUCUGUCUGGACGCCCCGGGGGUGUGCAAGAAGUGUGGUCAGAGGCAGGUGGUCAAAACGGUGCCAGACACAAAUCUGGUUGAUGACGAUGCUAACGACAUAGUCACCGUCUACACACUGACAGAUGAGGUCAAGCUGCUGAUCCCCCACAAUUCCACAACCACCGCCCGCCCCUACCACAACCACAGCAAAUCCACAACGCCAAGUCCAUCUAUAUAAACCAGUGGUUUUGCUGUGUUAAAUACAUAGCUAUGUUUUAAUGUGAACCUUAUCAAGAAAUGGUUUUACUGUAAUAAUUAUACAGUACUAUAGCACCAUUUAUCUUCAUCAAUAUUUCCAAAUUUUUAAUGCAGAUUCUUCUACAGAAAAAAACCCCCACAAAUUGGAAAAUUACUAAUCUUUUGUUCCAAUGCUUUAAUUUUGUUUAAAAAUUGAAAGAUAAUUAAAAAUAAAUUGCGUUUAUAAUUUGUCUAUGGUUUUCGUAGUUGUUUCUAAGCUUAUUAUAAUAACAUGCUAAUUUAAUUUUUCACAUAUUAAAUUACUU